UGCAAAGCGGGUUCGAUUGGUCCGGUCCGGUUCGCCGAGUGACGUUUCGGGUGGUGUGUGCUUUGGCUCGACGUGUAACGCUGCUGGCCCCAGACGGGAAGUCGGUGGGGCGCUGGAAUCAUGCUGCUCGGUAGUGCACUCGACGAAUGAUGUAUUGUUUCCCGAGCACCAUUCGACGGCACGAGGUCUAGUUGAUUUCGGAGUUUGAAAAGAAAAGGAAAAGGAAAAAGAAAAACGAAGUGCUUCGAAGGAAUUAUACUGCGUCGCAUUUGGUCGCCAGCCGCAUGCCGACUGAGGCUGGCGCUCUGAAAAGGGCAUCGGCGCGACGUGCCGCCAAAGCCGUGUGUGCUGAACGCGUAAAGUGCGUGCGUGUGUAGUGCGAGAUCUUUGUAACCCAGUGGUAUUUGUUUACACGUGCGUGUUUCAUCGAUCGACCGUGCAGUUCCAUCGUUUUGCCGUCAGCGCGCUGGGUGUGUGUAGUCACCAUUGCCCCUGGUGCCGGUUUCUUGUCGUGCAAAAGCGUUGGUAGCCGUCAACAACAUCAACAGCAGCAGCAGCAGCAGUAAUAGUGGCUCUAAUAGUGGUACAUCAGUCGCAGCGUCGCAGUUUGCCGCAUUUCUCCGCCCGCCCCAGUGGAGUGCUGGGGAGCAAGUGUGACGCGCCGCAUCUUUGUCGGUGGCCAACAUGGCGCUGGUGGUGAUGGUGAGGCUGAUGUGCAAUAAUCGUGGCAGCAGCAGCAGCAGCGGUAGCAACAUCAACAGCUGCAUCAACAACACCGAUCACAGCAAGCUGCUAGUGUCGUGAUAGUGGUGGAAUUAAUUCUGGCGUGCACACUGGCGAGCAAAGAGUUUUAAAAAAUCGAGAGUGCGUGUCUCGCUUACCCAGCUGUGGCCAAGAAAAAGAAGAAGGAGGAAGCAUAAAAAAAAAAGAAAAAGCAAACGGAAGCCUCCAAUCGAAUAAGAAUAAGAAGUCAGGCCCGACGUGAAGGCAAAAUAUAUCCCCCGCAGUGUCGUAGGCCGUGGCCCUUCUCUGCUGGCCAUUGUGUGUUUGUGUGUGUGCGCGCGUGUGUGUGUGUAUUUUUGUACGGGUACGUGCCGUGUGCGUGCGUAUGUGUGUUUAGCCCGUGUUUUGUAUGUGCACCGGUAUAAUAUUGUUUACCGAAAAUAAAAAGAUAGCACCCACCGCUAGCGAGCAAGCGCGCGCGUGUGUAUGUGCGAUUGUGUGUGGGGUUCGGUGUGUCCGUGUGCCAUCAUGAUGGUAGUCGCGAAAGUGAUGAUUGAUAAGAAUGUGCGCUCGUCCGCAGCGUCAUCGGUACCAGCAUUAUCAUCGUCAUCGCCGUCAUCAGCUGCGCACCGUGUGUAUUGGUAGUGUGGUGCAGAAGCCCCAUCCAGUUUACGAAAUCCGUUUGCGCUCACACGACGGCGCCCAUUGUCGUCUUUCUCCCGCGUGUAUUGGCCGCGGUUGUGUAGUGGGUGUACAUGAUAAAGGCUCCUGCAUCGGCCAAUCGCACACGACGAUAGCUUUUGACGUACGGCGUUCGAUCGUGCAUACUCGUAACACGCGCGUUGGCAGCGCCUAACUCCUAGCAACCGGUGCCAGGAAGUGUGGAACCAUCAUUUCCUCGAAACACCGGAACCAUUCACCGUCGUCGUCGUUGGCCGUGGUGCGCUGCCUUGCUGGAGACGGCACCCUCAAACACGGCCGCGCUACAGCAUUAGGAUAGGAACAAAAUUAUUAUGGAAAAGGCAAAGGCUUACAUCAAAAACGAAUUACGUGGGGGCUCCCUAGCGCCAUCGGAGCCCCCGCCACCACCACCGCCGCACCACCACCAACAACAUCACCACCAGCCGCCUCCACCACCGCCACCCAACUCCUCCUCCGCCCACCAUCCAUACCACCCGCACCAGCAGCAGCAUGGACACGGGCAGCAUGGACCACCAGGACCUUUACCACCCCACCCGGCACACCUACUUCCGGCCGUGUCCCAACACAGCAGCACCCCCGUCUCGGCGGCUUCCUACCACCCACACCUACCACCAGUGAAGCCCCGCUCACCGUCCAUCGCCUCCGUAGAGGACACCUCCAACAUCUGCUACGUGUGCGGUGCUCAGGGUGCCCUCGACAAGUACUACCUGCGAGUGCGCCAAAACCCGGACAAUCCGAACGAACCGCACUUCCCGCUCCUGGAGGAGUACAAACCCCCGUACGGUGUUCCACACUGGACCCCGGCCAAGGUGGGCGUACGAUCGUGCUACCUUUGCUUCACAACCUUCGCCCAACAGUGGGACUAUCACGAGCGUGAGGGCAAACCCGUGGCCCAGCGAUUGUACUGGCUAAAGCGCACCGACGACAAAAGCUACAUCGGUGCUGACAUGAACAGCCAGGGAGAGUACGCCGCACAGGUCCUUGGCUUGAGUGCGGAUCAUUUGGGUGGUGUCCCUGGCGGUGGUGGUGGUGUUGGUGCUGCGGGGUAUGGUGGUGGGGCUGGUUCCGUGGGACGCCCUUUACCCGAGAGUCCCCGUGGUGCGUCGGUUCAACCUUCACCUGGGGCUACAGGACCUUCGUAUCCUCUUCCGGUUGCACCACGCAACGAAAGCCCCCUGCGAGGGACAGGAGGUCCGAGGGAGCGCACCGAAUCCCCCCAGGUGAAGGGUGAUACAGGGCCCGGUUCCUCCUCGGGACCCGGUUCCACACCCUACCAUCCGGCGAAACGCUUCCUCGAGAAUCACCUUGCGAGUCAGGCUGGUGGUGCAGGACCUGGUUCAUCUCCCAACGUUCCCGUCCAGUCGCACCCCCCGGUGCCACCCGUUGGUCAGCGACCGUCAAGCCGGAACGAGAAAUCAACCACCCCACGGCCCGGUUCACAUGAUAACCCUUCACCGGUACCCUCACCGGCGAGCGGAACAUCCGCCGCUCUACCGAACCUGCGUUACGAUGGUCGCAAAAUGUCGUCCUUCGCGCACCACAAGCUCAAGAUGGUGAACUACAACAGUGCGGGGGUGGCAGGAUCCGAUCACCACCGGAACCAGCAGCAACCGGGUUCGUCCUCGUCCACCUCAAACCUCGGGUCACACUCCAGCCAACUGCAACAGCAGCAGCAGCAGCAUCAUUUGCGGUUGGAAGAGGAAGGCGCACUGGACCUGCGGAAUUCAGCACAGGGUGGAGGGGGGCUUGGUGGAGGAACCGGGGGUAGUUCGUCGUCCACCGGAGGGUUGCUGCCGGUGGAGGAGAGUAGCUUGCGUGGAAGCGGAAGUAACAGCAACGGGAGCACCGGAAGUACCGGCACGGACAUUCUCGAUCUGUCGAUGCCGGACAAAAACUCGAUGACGGAGGUGUGUUACGUGUGUGGGGACGAGCAUCGGCGGGGUAGCCUGAUGGAGAUUGCCACCGUGAAGCCGAAGGAUGUGAAGGAUCAGGAGAAGCCGUACUUUCCCAUCUUCGACGAAACGCACGCUCGACCGGCACGAUCGCGACCGAAGGACCCGAAGGGGAUGGUGCAGGCGUGCAAGGCAUGCCAUCAGUAUCUGCUCAAUCAGUGGCAAACGUUCAUUAUUCGUUCAACACCCGAGACUCAGCGGAAGUAUCAGAUUCGAAAACGCCAAAACACUCAGGAACGGUCGGCCACGUUCGUAUGCUACACGUGCGGGGCCGAUACGCCGUCCUCGCAAUUACGCUUAGUGUACUGCUGCCCGAACGCGGAACGGGAACCAUACUUUCCGUUCAUCAAGUCCCUGAAAGCACCAACCAAUGCUAGUCCAAUAAGUCCACAAGGGAUGGUGCAAAUAUGUUCCACGUGCAAUAAGAAAAAUGCCCAUCGAGCGGAAGGGGGCACUGUUAGCAAUGUGGACGAACGUUAUCCGUCUCCGACGAAAAUGACGUCUAGUGUGAUAAAUGAGGUUGUAAGAUAUAAGCCUUAUGAAUUUACCUCCGCCCUGUCUGGAGGACCGCUGCGGGACCAAAAGGGCAGCCGAAGAGAUUCUAGACCAAAUACACCACCUCACCUUCAAGGGCCUGUAGAAAACGGCCACGGUCAUCAAUGUACCAUUUGUAAGAAUACGUUUCCCGCCACAUCGAUGGAGUAUCUGUCCACUAGUGCUGAGCACAUGAACUCGCACGCAAUGCACUUUCCCUGCCUCAAAGGUAGCAAUGAUCAGAGCCGGGUGCUGGCCUGCAAGAACUGUGUCGACAAGCUAACGGUCCAAUGGGAAACGAUGGAUGCCCAGCGAGUGCCGCUGGAACACCGGAAGUAUAUUAUCCCUUCGCCAACACCGAAUACGGCCUCAAUUUCGCCCGGUGGUGGCAGCCUGGUUCGUGCCCAGUCCAGUCUUGGCGGUACGCCCCCUUCAACUCCGGCCUCAACUGUCCCGAGCACCUCGGUGUAUUGCUUCAUUUGUGGCCUGCAUUCGGAGCUGAGCUUCGCCCGGUUGCUGUACGCAAAUAAGGAGGGGUCCCGGCCUUACUUUCCCUUCCUGUUAAAGCACAAAUCACCGCACAACGCGGAGCAGCUGCGCGGUGACAGUUCGGCGUUGGUUUGUACAUUUUGUUAUCACUCGUUGCUGAACCAAUGGCGAAAAUACGAGGCUCAAAGUAAUAUUCCUCCACCGAGCGAGCGCGAUUACAACUUUCACGAUUACUGCUGUCACCUUUGCGGCAUAACGACUUAUCGGAAGCGCGUUCGAGCGCUACCGAUUCGAGAGUAUCCGUUCGUGGCAAAUCGAAAAUGUGAUGGCAUUCUGCUGGAAAACGGUGACUAUGCAGUGGUGUGUCUAGAUUGCUACGAAAGUUUGAGGCAACAAUCGGCAGAGUACGAUCGAUUCGGAGUAGCUAUCGAAAAGCGCGAGUACAACUGGGUUGCUCAACCACCGCCACCAGAAGACAGUCCCGAGGUGUCGGUGGCCCGUCUACCUAGUGGUGAACGAUCCGAUAAGGCGAUCAAAAAUUCGCAAGGUGGGCUUCGCUCGGCCCCAAAUAAGAAGAACUGCUCUGCGAAGGCUACGACCGACAAACGGGAUGCAUUACAAUCGAAAUUGGCUCAAAAGCGUCCCGUCACCAGCCCAGCACCAUCCGUUCUUCCCACCGCCCAGCAACUGCUGCACCAUCCGUCUUCCUCGCCACACUCGAACCAUCUUCUCGGUGGCCCGAACCAUCUCCCUCCCGGUGCCUCGCCAGGAUUAGUGCCACCACCACCACAGCAGCAGACAUCCCUUGGUGUGCCCUCGGUGGCCCACGGCGGAGCGGCAGCCCUGCACGCCUCACCCAACACACAGAAUCCCUCUUCCGGUGGUCGAAGCAGUAGCGGAGGCGGCGGAGGGAACGGCGGCAACGGUGGAGGAUCGUUUGCGGCGGCUUUGCGCAGUCUCGCUAAGCAGGCGGACGUUAAGGACGAAGAGGGAGGUGCGACCGGCGGGGGUAGCGGUGCCAGCGGUGGUCCGGGACCCGGUGGAGGCACAGGCAACGGUGGAAGCGGCAGUGGACGGGACAGAGAUCAUCGCGAUCGUGAUCGUGACCGUAGCGGGGACGGCGGCGGAAUGCAGCUCGACGGUCGCGGAAACUCGAUGUCCUCGAUGGUGGAUCGGCGGGAGGACGCGAGGGGGAACAUUAUCAGCGACGGCAGGAUACGGAGCGGGGACGGCCGGGAUGGGUCGGGCCGGGGCAGUGGCGUUGAAGCGGCCAAGAAACAGCAUCAGCAACAACAGCGUGCCUCACCUCAACCGCCGGAAAAGAUGCCACGUCUGAACCCGCCAAGCUCGAAUACAAUGCAAUCGGAGCUGCUAGCCCGGAGCGGCUUCCAACCGUACAGACCCGACGAGCGGCUCGCACAUCCUGCCGGUGCAUUUCCCAUCGAUACCUACUCGGCCUUUGGAUCCAUUCCCGGUAUGUCACCAGCAAAUCUCUUCAACCCGGCUGCACUGGCGUACCACGAUCCGGCCAUUUAUCUGGACCCGCGGUACCAAAUGCUGCGAGCUGGCCACCACUCGGCUGCGGCCCAUCCGCUCUACUCGUCGCUGCCGUAUCCUCCGAACCUGUACGGCAUGAUUCCGGGCAUGGGCAUGCCGAGCAUCCACGAGCGCAUGAAGCUGGAGGAGGAACACCGGGCGGCUCGGUUGCGCGAAGAAGAGCGCGCUCGCGAGGCGCGCGAAGCGGCUAUCGAACGCGAGAAGGAACGCGAGCUGCGCGAACAACGCGAACGCGAGCAGCGCGAAAAGGAGCAGCGCGAAAAGGAGCAACGCGAAAAGGAAGAACGCGAACGCCAACAGCGCGAAAAGGAGCAACGCGAGCGCGAACAGCGCGAAAAGGAACGCGAACGGGAAGCGGCCCGGGAACGCGAACGCGAACGGGAACGCGAACGGGAGCGCGAGCGCAUGAUGCACAUGAUGCCGCACUCGCUGCCGAGACCGUUUUUCUCCAUUCCGGGGCUGCCACCCGGGCUGACGGCACCCUUAGGGUUGGGAAUGCGCCCGCAGGCUGGCCCGCUCGGGCUACCGUCGCACCAUCCGCUGCAUCCUUCGCUGGGACUGAGCAUGGGUCUCGGAUUGCCACAAGUGCCACAACCACCGACGGCGUCGUCCCUUAACCUGUCGCAUCCGUCGGCGGGUAUGGUGCCGCAGCCACCACCACCGGGCAGCGCGCUCGGUCAUCCCUCGAUACCGACGAGCCUGGCGGCGGCCUACAGCCACAGUAUCGCCUCCACGAUGAACUCCUCCUAUCACUCGUCGAUGGCGCACAUGGGCGGGUUGAACCUGUCGCACACGGCGGCACUGGCGAACGCGCAGAACCUCAGUCUCGCCGGUCACAUUCCACCGCCCGCGCACGGUUCCAUGAAUCUGUCCGCGGCCGGUUCACCGGUGGCGGUCGUGUCCUCACCCAACAGCGGCCACCAUCUUGCGCCCUCGCCGCAUCAUUUGACACCGCCACUGGGCGCUCCUUUGGCGUUGACGUCGAGCAAAUCGUCCACUCAUCCGUCGCCUCAUCCGGCCACACGAGCGUCGCCUUCUUCGCCGGUUGUGGCAACGAGCAGCAGUGGCCCUUCGAUACCGCCGAAUAGUGUGGCUUCAGCGGCCACACCGCACCCGUACUACACGGCCGCCGCCAUGGCAGCCGCAGCAGCUGCCGCAGCCGUUCCGCUGCCGUUGAGCAACAAGCCUCCGCUCUCGCUGCCGUCACUUUCCUCUCACUCACCGGUGCCCGGUGGCGGUGGCCACCAUUUGCACCAUCUGCAUCAUCAUCCGCCGCCACCCGGAUCACAUCCGGGAGCGCAAACGCAACCUCCGUUAGCGCAGCAUCCGUCGGGUGCGAGUGGUCGCAGCAGUGCGGUGAUUACGCCACCCACUACGCACCACCAGGCGGCAGCAGCGGCCGCAGCAGCUGCGGCCGUGGCUCACCAUCACCAUCACGCGGCAAUGGUGGCGGCGGCAGCGGCCGCAUCGCAGGAACAACGCUCGUCCUCUCAGCAACCACACCGGGGAACGGCGCUGCGACCGGAACAGCCAUCUGCUCUGCCGUUGGUGGCCGUUUCGAGCGCCUCCGGGCCACCAGUGGCCACGGAACACGCUGUAAAUAGUACAAACGUCGCUAGUAUUAGCAAUAGCAGCUCCGGUGGCAACUCGGCGGUUCCAGCAGGCAACGGUGAGACACUCGCAGUUGGUGGCAAAUCCCGCUCCCCACCAUCGGUCUCCAGCAACGUCGUAGCGGAUUCUCAUAACAGCACCAACGUCAUCAAAUCGACGGCAAGUGACACCGCCGGAAGGACACCACUGGCACAUGACGCUGAAAGUGGAAGCGUGAUCAAACGCUCCGCAUCACUGUCACCUGGUACCGGAGAGUCCUCGGUUGGUCCCAAUGCGACCGUUGGCCGCGCGGUCACUCCCGGAGGUGAUGUACACGAUACGAACGGUGGCAACACCGUACCGAUGGGGACGGACUCGCGACCAGUCUCGCGCAGUGCCAUCGAUGACGCGUCGAAGGAUGGCAUCGUGGUGAAGGAGGAUCGAACACCCGGCGGCGGUACGGUUGACACUAUUACGAAGGAUGAAUCGAAGGACCUGCUGUCGAACGAUAACGGUGCCAACGACAAUGGGAUGCUGGAGAAGCAUCGCCAGCAGCAGUCUUCAUCGCCAGGAUCGGCCGCGGCCAACAGCAAUGGGAGUGGUAAUGGUACUGGACAACCGACCGGACAAGAUGGAACUGGUCGAGGUGGUAGUCCACCGGUGAUUGGAUCUGCCACAACAGGAUCAUCCCUACCGGACCGCAGAUCGCCGUCGACUCAGAACAAUAACAACAACAACAACAGCAGCAACAGUGCGGGAGCUACUGCCACAGGUACGGGGGUUGCUGCGCCGAUAUCGGCCGCAGGUAUUAACAAGGGAGUCGUCGACUCGCCGGAGGAUCGUCACGCGAAAGAGCAACAAUCGACGUCUCCGUCGGCCAAGCACGACCGGCGAAUGUCGGAUGGACAUCCGGAACUGCCACCGGAUGCUGGUGCUGCAGGACCGGAUGCGAACGAUGGUACUGCGACCCAUGCCACUCAUGAGAACGGGAAAAAGGCACCACUCGUGAACAGUGGCAGUGAACCGACUGCUGCCAUUGUGGAAGGGCUAAAUAACGGUUCGAGGGGUGAUAGUAGGUGAAAACCCAUUGAGAAGCUGGUAAUUGCAAGUUAGGGGAAAAGCGCUAACACUCGGUACGUUCAGUCGUAUCAUUCGCUACCUAUUGCAAAUGAACAGAAAUAGUAGGUGUUUGUGAAAGGUACGAUAUAUCCUGCAUUUCGAUCGUAGCGCCGAUUUAAGAGUCGAUUCGAAGUGUUUGACUCAAUUUUAUCCGCAGCAGAUUGCUUGUUUCCCUGCCGACUGUGGCCAGGAAGGGUUGUGGCCUGGCUGCAUUGGAAGUCGCGGGCUGGGUAAUAUUUGUUUUAUCAUUUCAUGGCAAAUGACUUAACGCAAAGCAUACAACAAACAAACAUGAGGAGUGAUCACUCCUUGAAUAUUGCACAAAACCUUCCCUCCACGUUGCAGAAACUGCGCUCGUGCGAGAGAAGGCUUAGGGUAACUUUUCGAAUGUAGCAGAAUGUAUAUACUUUCGGUGGCCAACAGUCAAAACUGAUUGAUCACCGACCGUAGCGGACACCAAACACGCCGAGCAUCUAAGCAAGAGCGCCCCUUUUCUAGCUGGGUGCGCUCGUACGCGUGCAGUCCCAAAAGUGCAACAAAACGUCCUUUACCGACAAGGACACAGCAAACUGCAAAUGCAUCGAUUGUGCGUAUCCUACCACGCGCUCCGGUGCAUAACCGCAAAGGGUGGGAAACCAACAUUUAGGACGUUUAAGGCUUAGUUAGGGAAACAAAACAAAGAGAUGACGACACGCG